UCUAAGAAGCAGCAAAGGAACAGUGACUUCCUGAAAAAGUGUUUCUCAAUUUGCUGAUCACAUUAUAAAUGCCUUCAGGAGGAGAAAUGUGAACACAGCAGCAUGAUGGUUCAAGAUGCUGUUGCUUAUGAGCGGCAGGAGAACACAGACAAAGUACAUCUAGAAGAAACUGGCACAGCCAUGGCUUCAGGAACAAGAGACAGAUGCCAACCUGAAUGGAACUGGAGAUCCUCUUUCCUGCUGCUGGCACUCUCUUACCUUCUGAUUGCCAUAUUGUUUGGGAUUGUGAUGUCCAAUGGAUCAAGGAUUUCUUCAGAGGUGAAAAAGGUGCAUGAGCAGCUUCCAAUGAAGGAAGGAUUAUUCCCAUGUGGAUCCCAAAGCAGGGAGUGGGAGUAUUUCCAUGGCAGAUGUUACUUCUUCUCAACCCAGAAAGUUGUUUGGCACAUAGCUAAGGACCAUUGUGAAGAAAAGAAUUCAACCCUGGUGGUUGUCCACAAUGUGGCUGAACAGAAUUUCCUCCAGCUCCAAACCAAGGGUGAACGCUACUGGAUCGGACUCAAUGAUUUGAAAGCUGAAGGAGAAUGGCGAUGGGUUGAUGGCACCAAUUACAGGACCAGCUUCAAAAACUGGAAAAUGGGACAACCCACUGACUAUGAAAGAAAUGAAGACUGUGCUGAGAUCAGUGUUUCUGGAGAAUGGAAUGAUGAGAACUGUAACAGAGAUAACUUCUAUGUGUGUGAAAGACCUUUACCUUCCUGAAGAUUGAAGAAAAGAGAGAAGCACACUUCCACACAUUAACAAUAGGUUUGCGCAAGGUCAUCAUAAGUCAGAAAUUGAUUGAAGGCAUACAACUACAACAUAUGCAGAGACAGAAUACUGCCCCUUCCAGUGCAAUCCUAUCCAUACCAAUGCAUAAGUAAACCUAAAAUGGUGGAAGUACAGCCCACAUCUCAGAAUGGGCAUGUGAGGGGCAUUUAUUUUAUCUUGGAGGCACGGGAUCUCCAAACAUGGUGGAAAUGUCCUUCACACACACAUCUUUUUUUAUUCUUCCCCCUACCCCAGCUGGGGUGAAGAUAGGGAGUCUUCCAAGCAACAAGGCUGUUUGGAAGUGACGUUAUACUGUACUGCUUAACCCUAGGCUGAAGCCACUGACAGUCACUUCUAAAACCACUUUGUCACACUUGCACAUGUUGUUGCUGUUGUUUCUGACUAAUGGCAACCCUAAAGCACCCCCAUCACAGGGUUUUCUUGGCAAGAUUUGUUCAGAGGAGGUUUGCCAUUGCCUUCCCCUGAGAGUAAGUGACU